UUUAAUGUAAAUCCAAAUUACUCAGAUUGGAAUGGAAACUUCAGAAAGCUGGAAAAGGAUCAAAUCUCUCUUUUUUGAAGGAAUUCCAUGAUGUGGGCAUCCAGCCUUCACCUGCUCCUACUCCUGUUAACCAUCACUUGUCUGACCACUCAAGCUGCAAAUCCUGAUUGCACCCAUGUUGCAGACUUUGAUAACUGUGUAGGUGAUACAAUUGGUUUUUGCCCUGAAGGGAUUACCUGCGGUUGCAAAGAUAAAGUGCCUUAUUGCAAAUGUCCCUCCUACCGAAACAAAUGGAAAGAUUAUUGGUACAUGGGGUCCAAAUGUAACUAUCUUUGGAGCACCCUGGACUUGAUUUUGAUGAUCACGGUUCCUGCAGUAACGUUGUCUGUGGUUGUCUUCACCUUAAUGCAGUGGAUUGGCUACUGUACAAGCCCGUCGAAAAAAAGCAGAAGUCAAGUACAACAACCAAGGAUCUCAAUCCCUGUCAUCCCACCCAGACCUCAACCCCAAAGACAGCCGGAUGCCCAGCCCAGACAAAUGUUGGCAUUUCCUAGGCCUUUGAUCCAAGACCAACAGGAGAUCCCCUUUCCUGAAAGACUGAGCUAUUCACCCCAGAGACCUCUUCCAACCGUUCCAUCUACCCAGGCUGGUCGGGGUAACCCCUGGAUGAAUGAAAUCCCAAGUGCAGAUUAUGAUCAACAAAACCCAUUUGAAGCUCUGCCUAUGAGGCAACUUUUGAAGCCUAAGGCAUCAACGCUUCCUCUUCCAGACUAUGGGGAGAACAGUUCCCAGCCAAUGAAUGGUCUCAUUACUAACAUGCCUUCUAGAUUUGUCCGUCCACAGUAUACAUAUAACUAAAAGGAACUUCAGAAAACUUAAGUAGCGCCUUACGGUGUAAUAAACUACAAGAUAAAUA